AUGUCUACAAUUGCACAUUGUGUUUCUGGUUACGGCCAAGGAACGGAUACAACUGCCGUGCUUACAAAUCGAUCGAAAUACAUCACUAUUAUUGGAGACGAGCCAUGUUACUCUCGCCAUUCGAGAACUUUUCCGUCGGCGAGACACAGAAAGGGAACAAGACCAAUGCAUACAACAACGAUUACAUAUGAAGUGAAACCAGUUCAGACUUCAUAUAUCAGCUGUAUGAAAGCGGUGAGUAAAUAUUUCCUUUUAUUAAUAUAGUUGAACAGCUGUCUUGUGUUUGAAUUUCGAUCGCAUGAUGUUGAAGAUGUGCGAGGCGGAAACAAAAACAACAAUUAAGUUAAGAAGUGUUUGAUAGGAUCUCGAAACUGAACUAUCAAUCAGUCAUUCUUGAACAGUCUUACAUUUCCGCCAGCAUUUACCGUACCCUUCCUUUCAAAAAGGAAAAUUUGAUGACUUUAUUGCUUAAUUAUUAACACUCAACAAUGUCCGGUUUCGUGACUGUAUAUGGAAUAUUGUUGGAAGGUCGAUUCGCCUGAUGGCAGUUUGCCUAGACUAAUUUGAUUCACCCGAUGUGUAUUUGUCGUUCUUUAAGCCUGAGAAAAAGGAAUAAACGUGGAAAGACAGUGACUGCACAUGUGGCAUGUGGCACAUGUGGUUAACUCAAGGCUGUCAAUACCCACCACGUCUUCAAAUAUUGAGAAUUGAUAGGGAAGGGAUGAUAGAUGACGUCAUAACGCAUGGUACAUGACGUCAUUUGUGCAAAAACAUACUGGUUGACUCCAAUCGUCACAAGUUUGCGAUGACAUAAAACGUGUGAAAAAGAUGUUGUUGGCAUUGUUAUAUUUGAGCUGAUUGGUUUACUUUUUACCAAUCACAUUAUUAUUACCAUGGCAUGCCGGAGUUUAUGAGGGAACAUUCAAUGUUAACAUUAAAAUAACUGGAACAAUGCAAAGUAUUUGAAAUUUAGCCUGUCAACAGAGAUCCUAUUCACAGCAUAUAUGAAAUGUUAUUGUCGGAAAGUCAGGUCUACUGAAGAAAUGUAUGGCCGGCCAUUCCCACUAAAAAUACAAUCAUGUCAAAUAGCACAGACAGAACACAAAUGGUCUAGUGAUGAAUUACGAAAUGGUUCAAAUGAUAAAGAAAUGAUCAUUCUUAAAAUAAAGUAAUCUGGUUGUUUUGUGUGAAAUGGUUCACCUAAACUACAAAUGAUUGGUCAGACGAGAAGCUGUGCACUGGUAGAUGUUAAAAUGAUAUCGCCGAACAAGAAUCCGUUUGUUUAAAUUACAAGCCAUCAAUAUUCCAUGUGUGAAAUGAUCAAGCUUGACAACGAAGUAUGAUUAUUUGAACACGGCCUCCAUGAAAAGCAGUUUUUAUUUUUUAUAUAUUUUGUACCUAUUUUUGUUUGUAGUUAGGAAGAUAGGCAGAUACUUGGGUUAAUUUUUGCUGGGUCUUGCCACUAGCCUCUCAGAACCCCAACCCCGUUAUAGUCUAGUCUGUGGCCGGGAAACUGUAAUUUUGAUGAUCCCAACUUUCUGUUUAUGCAUGUACUUUAUAAAGCCUUUUAACUAGGCCACCUGAAAUGAAUUGACACAUUGGUUACACUUAAUGUAGUAAAAAUAUUCCCAUUUUGAAAUCCCUACCUACCUGAAUUUUCUGAUUCCCCAAAUCCCAAAAAUGUAUGAUCCCAUUCUAGUUACUCUAAUAAAAAUGCAACUCCAUUAUAGUCAGUCCAGCUGUGAAGAUUCAACCCCAUCCAGCAGCAAAUCCCCAUUAUCCUAUUACUAGGAAGGGGGCAUUCCUACAGGCUGAGUCCCCUGCAGGCUCCAAUUAUUCUCUUUUGGACACUAAGAGGUCUCUGUCAGAUCUUAUCUUGUAUUUACACUGUCUGAUCUGUACACUUUUUUAAACAGAAUUUUUCUGGACGUAAGGAUUUGCUACCUGGUCAGAGACCACCAGCGUACCCGUCUCAACACACUUCAAACUUCAGUAUUGGAAUUUUACCUGGACAACAGCUUGACACUCACUCAAGAACAACAUAUGUGAAACAUCAAGUCAGACCGGUAAGUAAAGACAAUAAAAUGUUAGGGUGGGGUGAAUAGAAGUCAGUACAUUGGUACCCUGGGAGCUCAUAGCUUCAGCCUUUGGCUGAAGAUACACCAACCAGCAAAUGACUCAAAGCAUCUCUACUGCACUCAAUUGCCACACCCAAGAAAAACCACUGGUACCCAUGGUACCUGUGGUGGUGGUUGGGGGUGGAGGCGAGGGGGUACUCAACCAAUAUUUGGGUAUAGGUCGGGCUGCCGAAGGUUUGAAACCCUGAUCCUGAAUAGGACAAAGAAUGUGGACACUGUUUAGGACUUGCCCAGACUUGCCGAAAUUGUAUACCCUGUUCAGGACAGACUUGUGCAAAAUUAUUCACCCUGUUUAGGGUAAACAGCACAAAAACCAUAAUCUGUCCAGUGGCACAUCCCCAUAUAGGUCAUAUAAGGUUGUACCUCCCAACAGACCAGGGUAGUAGAUUGGAGGAGGAAAAAAAAAGCCUCAGCACAAAAGAAUAAGUCAUGUUAGUUUUCGCUAGGGGGGCAGUUUUUAUUUUGCUCAGCCUAAAUAAUAAUUAUUAUACUGAAGAAUGGUUUGGCUUAUUUAGUGUUAUAGUUGCCUGUAAAGAAAAAACAAAUAAUAAUUAUUUUAUCAUAAUCAGCAAACUUACCUAUGUGAUGAUAAUUUAACAGGCUGAAGAGGUCCAUGAGGAUAACAUUAGAUGGAACAGUCAAAUGGCUGGAGAGGAUAUGAUUCAAUCAACGAGGCAUCAGGGUUCUCAAGAGGUUUAUAGUUUUGAAUUUGCAGUACAUAAAAAUAUGCAAGGACGUUAUCGGUGAUGUUAUCAGUUAUCAGUAAUAAAAAAAUUAAAACUGUUAUUGACAGUAAGAUUAGAAGAGGUGUGUUGACAAUUUAGAAUGUUAAAGACUUAACCCACUAGUUGUUUGGAUUCCCCUGAAAGCCAGGACUUCAAAUAGGCCAAACGUAUCCGAAAAGAUCUCUCAAAGUCCAAAAGAAGUUAAGACACUGUUAAGAAGAUUUCAGAAAUUCUCAAAAAAGGGAACAUUGGAUUCUUGGGCGUCAUUAGGAAGUACAGAAAACGAAAAAACAGUUUGGUAGUUUAUACCGACUUUCUGUGCUGAAAAAUGUUGAGAAAUACGUUUUGCAGUAUAUAUCCAAAAUAUAUAUGGUGAAGACUGUGAGAUUACUCUGCCUGCAAAAUACUUUUCAGUCAAGCUUUCUAUGUGGUUAAAGUUCCUUAACAGUAUUUCGGACAUUUAGGGAGUCAUGGGUUCCAAUUGUACCUGAGCUUACCCAUGCUCGUGACAUUAGGAACAUCUUUUAACGUUUGAAUAAACAUUUUCUGACAGUAAUUAAGAACAACCAGGGGUUAUUUUUCCCUCAACAGAUGAACUUUUCCACCACAUAUUACAAGGUUCAUGACCUUCUUGGCAGACAACGAGGUCCUGGUGUGAAAAGACUUCCACCUAUAAACUACACUUAUGACAUCAUUACAGGUAAAGUCUUCAUUUGAUAUUAUUUUAAAGCAGUGUGCAGGACGUCCUGUUUUUUUGUACCCGCAUAACAUAAUGCAAGGAAAAUGUUUGGAAAAGAAACUACUCCUGAAAAGAGUUCUUUAAACUCCUUUUUGGGGUUAAAAUAACUCACAAACAAAUAACUCCACUGUAAGGUGUUAAAUUAAACCCACUAGAGGAGUUAUUAUAACUCCUUGAAAAUUACUGUGUGCCUGUAUGCCCUGUAUGCUUGGGAUGGCGAAAAUAAUCAUUGGGAUUAUGAGAUUGAGAGAAAAUUUAGGUCGGGAUGACCCUAUAAAACGCCAGUAUUAAAAAGAAGACAAGUAAAUCAAAAGCUUGGUAGAUUACUUGUAUGAAUUAAAUAGCUUUAAGUAGGAGCAAGGAUUUUUGAAAGUUUUCUAUGAAUUUAAUGGUAAAACAACCAUGUAUUUUGUUAUACAAUCAGAGCACGUGAAGUCUCUGUGUUCUCAUAAAUCGUUGUCUUCCAAGCCAUAAUCAAUUAAUCAGACUCCUAUUUUUCGUUGUCUUACUUUUGAAUGAUAGAGGAAAAAUAUCCACUUUUUUGCAGGUGAACCCCUUACCAGACAGAUGGGUGAUGACUACAGGCUUACUUCAGGAAACAGGAUUCUAAAUGAAGCUCGGCAAAAUGACAGAGGACAGUUCCUUCUGGGAUGA